ACAAAUUCGGAAGUAACAAGUAUCCCUGACAACACUUUGCAUAUACUUUUUGCACAACAAUGUCUCUUGAAAGUGUCUUCAAAAAUUUCUGCUCCUUCGGGGCUGGAAAAGAUGGAAAAGCUCAAAUGGACAAUGCCAAGUUUGCCAAACUAUUCAGGGACUUGAAGUUGUUGGACAAGAAGUUCACUGCUACCGAUGUAGACAUUAUCUUCAGCAAAACAGAAGUCAAACCGAAAGCUGAAAGGAAAAUCAACUUUGAGCAGUUUCGAAAAGCUGUCAUGUUGGCUGCUGAAAUUAAGUAUCCUGGCGAUGCAGAUUGUGUGAAGAAACUCGAGGGCAAAAUUAUCAGUGGAGCGGGACCUGGGUCAUCCAGUCCCAGUGCUAAAGUGAGUGCUGCUUCUGGUUCUGUAGUGGACAGGCUGACAGAUACGUCAAAGUACACGGGGUCACACAAGGAGCGUUUUGACGCAAGUGGGAAAGGCAAGGGUAUCGAGGGACGUGCUGAUCCUGCGGCUGGUUCUGGUAAUGGAUAUGUGUCUGGCUACAAGGCUGGAGGAUCUUACGGGAAAGUAAACAAACAUUGUGGAGAGAAGGGAAAAUCCCGUUCAACAACAACACAUUGGAACAUGUCUCUUGAAAGUGUCUUCAAAAGCUUCUGCUCCUUCGGGGCUGGAAAAGAUGGGAAAGCUCAAAUGGACAAUGCCAAGUUUGCCAAACUAUUCAGGGACUUGAAGUUGUUGGACAAGAAGCUCACGGCUACCGAUGUAGACAUCAUCUUCAGCAAAACAGAAGUCAAACCCAAAGCCGAAAGAAAAAUCAAUUUUGAGCAGUUUCGAAAAGCUAUCAAGUUGGCUGCUGAGAAGAAGUAUCCUGGCGAUGCAGAUUGUGUGAAGAAACUCGAGGGAAAAAUUAUCAGUGGAGAAGGGCCUGGAUCAUCCAGUCCCAGUGCUAGAGUGAGGACUGCCUCUGGUGGUGUAGUGGACAGGCUGACAGACACCACAAAGUACACGGGGUCACACAAGGAGCGUUUUGACGGAACUGGGAAAGGCAAGGGCCUUGAAGGACGGGACUCGUCUGCUAAGGGACGCGGGAUGGUUGCUGGAUCUGUGGCUGAUCAAGCUGCGUAUGUGUCUGGCUACAAGGCAGAAGGAUCUUAUGGGAAAAAAUAAUGCAUCUAUGUAUACUCUUAUUCUGACAAUUGUGCUAAUCACUAUUAAAUUUUUUUUUUAUAUUUUUGUAAAUUUCGUCCAAAUUGUAACAUCUUAUCUUGCCCCAGCAUAAAUUGUCAUGCUGUGUAACAA